AUGCCACCCCCAUCGCAACGUCGCGUUUACACCGGUGCUUUGGCUCCCAUGCUGGAGUUUCUGGUUGUCUCUCUGGACCUGGAAGGACAUGGACGUAGCGAUGGCCUGCGAGGGCGGUUCGAUUUUGGGCACGCCGUCAUCGAUUUGUGCGACCAGUACGGAGCGUUCUCCCUGGAGCAACAAAGCACGCCGUGCUUCCUGCUGGGUGAAGGCUUGGGGGCUGCCCUGGCCUACAAGACGUAUCAGAUGCAAGGGGGAAGGUUCUGGGACGGGAUCAUCCUCCUCUCUCCCACCCUGGCCUUCCCCCCCCGCCUGCGUCCGUCGCCCUGGAUGCUCAGGCUUCUCCGUCGGCUCGAACCUCGUAUGGGCGACCUCCCCCUGAUCCCCUGGGGUCGGCAGUACCUGGACCUGCUCUCCGACUCUGUCGCACGCCAGGAGGUGAUGGAGAACCCUUUCUUUAUCCAGCAUGGCAUGCGCGUUGCUACCAUCUUUCAGGUCCUGGCGGCCUUGGACGAGCUCUACCUUCACCCGCCCCCGUCCUUUACCCCUGCCUCGCUCGGUCCCUCGCCGCCUUCCUCUGGGGUCCCUCCACGGACAUCCCCCCCGUCGCCUGCAGUGUGUACAUUCAACGAGAUGACCGCUCCUUUCCUGAUUUUGCAAGGGGAAGAGGACCGCUUUCAUGGUGGGAGGGAGAGGGGAGGGGAA